UUGAGUAGAUUCAUUUCGAAGAGGAUUUAAAAAAAUUAGAAAGUUGGAAAGCUCAAUAAUCUUGAGGUUGCCGACACAAAACCAGGUCUUUUAACUUUUUAACCAUGAUUAUUGAAAAAUACAAGGAUCAAAUCGAAAUUUUGAGAGGGUGGCUUCAAAUUAAUCAGCAUUUACCACAGAACAUCGACGAUCAAAACCUUUCUAAAUUUCUUUUUAGUAGCGAUUACAGCAUUGAAAAAGCAAAAAACUUGAUGGAAAUUUGCUUUAGAUUGCGGAGAGAUAUGCCGGAAAUUUUCUCGAAUAGAGAUCCGAAAAACGAGGAGAUUCAAAACAUUUUUGGAACGGUCGAUUAUUUACCUCUACCUGUGUUAACAAAGGAAAAAUAUAAAUUGUUUUUAUAUCGAUUGAGGGAUCCCAACCCAGAUAGAUUCGUUUAUGCAGAUUCGUUAAAAGCUUUUUUUAUGGUUGCCGAUUUAAGAAUGUAUACUGAUUUUGAGGAAUCUGAAGGGGAAAUACCGAUUUUUGAUAUGGCCGGAAUGAGUUUGAAGCAUAUCACUAAAGUAAAUUUAUCGAUUUUAAGGAAAUAUAUGACUUAUACACAAGAAGCGCAUCCUGUUCGUUUAAGGGCUAUCCAUGUAGUUAAUGUCCCUACAUUCCUCGAUAAAUGUGUUUCUUUAGUUAAACCCUUUAUAAAAUCGGAUGUUUCACAAUUAAUUCAUUAUCACACACCAAAUUCGAACACUUUAAACGAUUUUAUCCCGAAAGAAUUACUUCCAAUUCAAUAUGGAGGAAGUUUGUGUGACAUUAAUGAUUUAGCAGCUAAAUGGAGGGAAAAAAUCAUGGAAAAUCGAGAUUUUUUCUUGGAUAAAUCUCGUUGGGAAAUUAAUGAAGCAAAAUUGAAAACGAAAAGUGAUAAAUUUGGGGGUGAUAACGGAAAUUAUGGAGUUGUUGGAUCGUUUCGCACAUUAAACAUUGAUUAAAAAAGAAAGGAUUUGGAUUAAAGAUGUGAUUUUUAUAUGAUAUAAAAGAUACUAUCAUACAAAUAUAACAACUUUAUUUUAAUAAAAUAUACUAACAUGAAAAAUGUAAUUUAAAAACUCCAAGUGAGAAAGGAUGUAAACGACCCUUUCUAAUACAUACAAAUUUUAUUUGUGAAAAAAAGAUAACUCCUUUUUGAAAUAAAUUAAAAAAAAAAGAUUAAUCACUGGUCAAGAUAAAGGCAUCAACGUUAAAAUUAAUUUGAUUUCAUUUUAAAUAAAUUAAAUUAAGUUAAAAAUGUUUUCAUAAAAAGUUUUGAAAACGU